ACCAGUUGCUUCCUGUAAUUAACUUGCAAUGUGGUUUCUGUCUGAUCUGUAUUGAGUGUUCGAGUCUCUCAGUUUACAUUUGCUUGGCCAAGGAACGAAGUGUAUCUUACGAAAAAAAAUGAUCGAAGAAAUUGUACUUAUUACUGGAACAUCCCAUGGCCUUGGUCUUUCGACGGCUGAGAUGCUCGCAAAGCAAGCCAAUGAAAUUAAGUUUAAAGUGUACGCAUCGAUGAGAAAUACGAACAAGAAAGGUGAACUCGAAAAGAAAAUUGCAGGUUGUAGCAAUCUUGUUGUAAUCGAGCUUGAUGUUUGUUCGGAAGAUUCUGUCAACUCUGCUGUUAAACACAUUUUGCAAAAGGAAGGAAGAAUCGAUAUUGUUGUGAACAACGCUGCUAUUAGCUGGUGUGGGGCCAUCGAAGUGCAGCCUUGGGAUACCAUCACAAGCCUCUACGACACGAACGUCUUUGGCCCACUGCGCGUCAUCCGUGCUGUUGUUCCGUCUAUGAAGAAAAACAAGAAAGGCCGCAUCAUUAACAUCAGCUCAGUUGUAGGAUUACAUGCCUUUCCGUUCGUCACCGCAUAUGCCUCAACAAAAUAUGCUUUGGAAGGAAUUUCGGAUUCCCUGGCGCCUGAGCUUGCAACGUUUAAUGUUCAUAUGAUAACAAUUCAACCAGCCGGUAUAGCAACAGGUGGUGAAAUGACAUUUAGCAGUGAGAAUCUAAAAGAUGACGACCCAACGAAAGUGCUUGGGGAAAAAUUGAUUGAAAAGACCUCCAAAAUGGCGGCUGAAGCUCAAUCUCCAGAAGAAGUAGCCGAGUUUAUCCUAAAAGCGAUUACAGACGAAAAUCCGCAGCCGCAUUACGUCACAAAUAAAGGAUUUGAAGCAUUUGGCAAAGCAAAAUUUUGUGAUCUAACUGGUAGAAUUCCUUUUGAAAUGAGCAAGAAGUUUUUGGAAUAAUUAAUUGUUACGAUUUUUACUGUUCUAUUAAGUGAAAAAUAAAUCUUACCUUUAACCUUGCA